GAUGCGGGAUUGAUCCCCAGUUUUCGUUUGCGGUUCGUAGUGAAACUCGUUCAAUAUUUACUACUGAAGACAAUAUUUUUAGCUUUAAUAGAACAUAAUUUUUACGAAUAUAGGGUGAAGAAGAAAAUGAUUAAUAAUUAUAAGGUCAAAGCUGCAAUCGAUAGUUUCCACUUAUGCUUGUAAAAGCAUAACUUUAUGCGGGCAGCAGUUAUCAUGGUGUCGAAACGUUUAAAGCGAGAUAGAAAAAGAUGAUAGAUCCAUCUUCAUCAGAAGAAGAUAGUGAUGAAGAACACGGAUCUGGACAUCAUGUGGGACACCACCCACCCACGCAUCAUGCUCAUCACCAAACGCAUCAACACGCGGCGGAAGCAUCUCCCUACCAUUCUCAUGGAUCCGAUGGUAGCGGAGUCCUAGAGAUUCCCAACAAUGCUGCCGCGCUGCAGCGAUCGUUAUCACCAAGCAGUGCCGUCUCGGUGGAAACCCAUAGCAUUGGGUCUUCCUCCAGAGCAAAUUCUCUCCCUCGACCUACUAGCCCUUCUCCGUCUGUUGCCUCGGAAAAAACCGAAGUUGACAUCCAGGAGAAGCACGAACGCGAAGAGGAGGAGAGGAAAAAACGUAUUCAGCUUUACGUUUUUGUAUCGCGAUGUAUAGCUUACCCCUUCAAUUCCAAACCGGCCGUAGAAGGCUUCAAGAGGUUACACAAAGUGACCCGGCAUCAGUUAGAUGCCAUUGUAAAUAGAUUCCAGAGUUUUUUAAAGGGCGAAACCCAAAUAAUGGCAGACGAAGCUUUUCAAAAUGCUAUUCAAAACUACUUCGAUGUCUUCCUUAAGUCCGACAGGGUGGAAAAGAUGGUGCAUCUCGGUGCGUGGACUCAGUCCGACUUUCGCGAAGUCUUCAGAAGUAAUAUUGAAAAACGCGUUCGAUCAUUACCUGAAAUGGAAGGACUCAGUAAGGAAACUGUGUUUACAUCUUGGAUGGCAAAGUUUGACUGCAUUUUAAAAGUACAAGAUGACGAGCAUAAAAGGCCUAGAACUCAGGUGCAUAAUCAAGAUUCAGCGACGUCUAAAGAGCAUACAUUCGAUAUGUUUCAACAAAUACUAGGUGUGAAAAAAUUCGAACAUCAACUUCUCUAUAACGCGCUGAUGCUUGAAUCAGCUGAUGAACAAGCUGCAGCUAUUAGAAGGGAACUUGACGGGCGAAUGCAGAAGGUAGCUGAGAUGGAAAAGAAUCGAAAGCUGUUCCCUAAAUUUCUGUUGAAAGAAAUGGAACUGUUAUACGUCGAAGAACAAAAAGCUGCAAUAAAUUUAUUGAUGACCAAUCUGGAGUCUCUACCAGUUUCGAAAGGAUCCACGGAUUCAAAAUAUGGCUUACAAAAACUAAAACGCUAUAAUCACAGGUUGCAUAACCAUAAUAAUCCGUAUAAUGUGAAGCACCUUUUGAUGAACUAUGUUACUUCUUUUAGAUCGCAAGGAUCUUUAGUGAAACUGGAAGGGGAUUCAGCCGAUAGUGAUACAAUGCUAACCCUUACUAAAAUGGAUGUUGUUUUAACAUUUCAGCUUGAGGUGAUUGUGAUGGAAGUUAGGGGUUUAAAAUCCCUGCAACCGAAUAGAAUUGUAUAUUGUACAAUGGAAGUUGAAAGUGGGGAAAAAUUGCAAACCGAUCAAGCGGAAGCAUCAAAACCAAUGUGGGAUACUCAGGGAGAUUUUUGUACAACACACCCUUUGCCGAUUGUUAAAGUUAAGUUGUUUACGGAAAACCCCGGUAUGCUCGCUUUGGAAGAUAAAGAGCUUGGAAAAGUUACUUUGCGACCGACUCCGGUAUCAUCUAAGGCUCCCGAGUGGCACAAGAUGAUAGUCCCCAAAAACUUGCCAGAUCAAGAUUUGCGAAUAAAAGUAGCAUGUAGAAUGGAUAAGCCACUGAAUAUGAAGCAUUGCGGCUAUCUAUAUGCCUUAGGCAAAAGCGUGUGGAAGAAGUGGAAAAAACGCUAUUACGUUCUUGUUCAAGUGUCGCAAUACACAUUUGCUAUGUGCAGUUACAAAGAGAAAAAAUCUGAGCCCUCAGAAAUGAUGCAGCUGGACGGAUAUACUGUCGACUAUAUUGAAGCCUCAAGCGCAACUUUGAUGGUCGGAACGGGUAAGCACUUGGAAGGAGGUAGGUUCUUUUUUAACGCUGUUAGAGAAGGCGAUAGUAUUAUUUUUGCGAGUGAUGAUGAAAAUGAAUGUCAUCUAUGGGUAAUGGCCAUGUAUCGCGCUACUGGUCAAUCGCAUAAACCUACACCCCCCAUUACGCUCCAAGACAAAAAUUCGACGAUUUCCAAGAUCCAAGGAGAUGCUGAUAAAGCGAGAAAGCAUGGGAUGGAGGAUUUUAUCUCAGCCGAUCCUUGCCAGUUUGACCACGCUGUUCUGUUCCGACUAUUACAGAGCUUAACACUCGAAUACAGACUUGCCGAUAUGUAUUGCUCUCUGGGCUGGUUCAGCUCAGCGCAAAUAUUUGUGCUGGAUGAGUAUUGCGCAAGAUAUGGCGUUAGAGGCUGCUACAGGCAUCUCAUGUAUUUGUCCGACUUACUAGAUAAAGCUGAUAAAAACUAUAUGAUCGAUCCGACUCUAAUUCACUUCAGUUACGCCUUCUGCUCAAGCUACGUGCAAGGAAACCUAUCAUCUACCAAACCGAUAGCUAUGUUGAACAACACCUCCUACCUGCAAAAUUACUUUAACAUGGAGCCUUGUACAGAGGGAGUUAGAAGUGUAACUUGCGAGGAAAAAGACAAAUUCUAUCAAGUCAGGGAAAGGUUGAGAGUAAUGCUAGAAAACCAAGUGACGAAUUUCAGAUAUACCUUCCCAUUUGGCAGACCAGAAGGUGCUUUAAAAGCUACCAUUGCCUUGUUGGAACGAGUUUUAAUGCAUGAUAGCGCUGCUACUAACACAGCUUCAGACGAAGUUAGGGCGGUCAUUAAAAAGUGUCUGGAAACAGCCGCUUUGGUUAAUUAUACCAAGCUAUCAGAGGAAACCAAAAUUGAAGAGGAUUUACGAGGAGAAACAAUGGUUUCACCGAGUAAGAAGCUCGAUGAUUUGAUUCAUCUGGCUGAGCUUUGUGUUGAUUUAUUGCAGCAAAAUGAGGAGCACUAUGCAGAGCAACUGCGAAAGGCUGACAGCCAUGUGGUCAAUCAGUCUGCCCAAAAUUCCCAGGCUGCAGGGUCGGGGCAACCGGCAGCCUCAGCUCCUGCUCAGGGCUCCCCGGGUACCCCCAGUCGGCUAGCCAAGCAGCAAAACAAUUCUGUGCCUAGCUAUUGCAUGCCUCCGCAUGCCAUAUUCUCCCAGGCAGAUCCCAUGGCUUUCGCAUGGUUCAGCGAUCUUCUAGUGGAACACGCCGAAAUAUUCUGGUCCCUAUUCGCCGUUGAUAUGGAUCGAGUGCUAGCUGAGCAACCAGCCGAUACUUGGGACUCUUUUCCCUUGUUCCAAAUACUCAACGAUUAUCUACGAGCAGAUGAUAAUCUGAAAAACGGCCGAUUCCAUCAGCACUUACGAGAUACAUUCGCCCCGCUAGUUGUCAGAUAUGUGGAUCUCAUGGAAUCAUCCAUUGCUCAGUCCAUACACAAAGGCUUCGAAAAGGAGCGAUGGGAAAUCAAAGGCAAUGGCUGCGCCACUUCUGAGGAUUUAUUCUGGAAGCUGGAUGCUUUGCAGUCAUUCAUACGGGAUUUGCAUUGGCCAGACACAGAGUUCAGGCAGCAUUUGGAGCAAAGGCUCAAGCUGAUGGCUUGCGAUAUGAUCGAGUCUUGCAUCCAAAGAACUGAAGCUGCCUUCCACCAAUGGCUUAAAAAGUCUGUCACGUUUUUGUCGACCGACUACAUUCUGCCCUCGGAAAUGUGCGCCAUGGUGAAUGUCAUCUUAGAUGCAAAGAACCAGUCGUUUAAACUGUGCGCUGUGGAUGGCAUUGAUUUGCAUCAAUAUCAUACGAAAAUUGAUGACCAAAUUGAUAAGACUCUGGCCAAUAUGAACCAAGGGAUGUUGAGUAAACUCAUGUCCGUUUUAGAAGCCACACUUUCCAAGCUGUCGCGAUACGACGAAGGAAGCCUUAUUGGGUCCAUACUAAGUUUCACGAAUGUGUCCGGAUCGGGAAAAGACGUAGGCCAAAGCUAUGUCAAUUUCCUGCGGAAUAGUAUGGAACAAAUACGAGGCAAAGUUACGGACGAAUUAUGGAUACUAAACUUCUUUGAGCAGUGGUACACUGCUCAGAUGAAUAUUAUCUGUAAUUGGUUGUCUGAAAGACUAGACCAUACCCUGCAUCCCUACCAAUGUACGUGCCUUGCUCAUAUAAUAAAGAAAAUAUACUCGGAUUUUGAACUCCAUGGCGUUACGGACGACAAACUAAAUUCCAAAGCCUAUCAAACGAUCGCUCAAAGAAUGCAAACCGAAGAAGCCACAUGUGCUUUGACUUUAGGCCAAACUGAGGGAGCUCUAGAAAUGGGCGAAGACGACUCUACAGAGAGUAGAAGUAAAUCGCUGAUGGGUAGUUUAGGUGGCGAAGAAGGAAAUCCGCUAUCGAAUGUCGGCAACAUGGUGGCGGGUAGAGUUAGUAACUUCCUAGGCAAAGGCAUAGGUGGAAUUGGUUCUAAAUUAGGCGGGGGUUCAAGUUGGUUUUAAUGUUUUGGAAACACUUCUAAACAACUUUUACUAGACUCUUAUUGGUUCUUGCUUAGCUAACUCAUAAAGUUUUAAAGCGUUGCCUUUCGCUUGUGGAAUUUGGAGAGGAAAAUACACGCGGGUGUGAAAAAUGAAAGAUAUUCUUCAACGGCAAAUAGACAUUCCUGAAAGGGAUGUUUCAAGAGAUUGAGAGCGUGAGGAUGCUGCGCCAUUUAACAAACGGUACACCCAUAUGGAAAUUGACGAAAUUGACGAAGCCGAUGACUCAUCCUCCAAAAUCAAUCAAAAAUCAACAAAAUAUGAAUAAGAAUCAUCAGUUUAAAAAUGUCCCUCAAAAGCAGAGAAUACACAGGAAAUGCAAAGGAGAAAUAUAAACCAACCUGGCAUGACUCACGCUAGGUUCAAAACGAUUAGUUUUAAGUUUGGCGCUUUCGUUAAACCAUAAGAAAUUUGUAUCUGAAAGAAGUAAAUUUAUGUAUAUUUUUCAUUCAUUUAAGGAACAUUUUAUAAGUUAUCUAUAUAUUCAUCUAAGAAGAGACACCAUAGAAAAUUGAAGUCAAAGUGUGAGCUCCGACAAGAGAAAAGCUCUCAUAGAUAUUUUCAGAUUCAUCACAGUAGGAGUUUCCGAAGAUUUUGUUGCGCAACAGGCGAAAUAUGUGCGGGACCUGCAGAAAAUGAGUCCGCCAAACUCUGUCAUAUGAUUACUCCCUCAAAACUAGCUACAAAAGCUGCCGCAGUUGAAGAAGAAGCAGUGGGUAUCUAAACCGGAGUUUUUUCAAAUUAUUACUUUCUUUCAAAUGAUUUUGACUUGUCUUGGAGACACCAAAUUGAAAAUCACAUAAAUGCAGGAAUAAACUUCGUCGAUACAAUGACCAGACGAAAGAUCUCGCUAGAUUUGAAUCGAAAAAUAAAUUUACAAUGAAAGUAGCCUGAGCAAAAAAAUGACUCAGGCUAACUCACAAUUUUUGCGGGCCAAAUAAGUAGUAGGCAAAUAUAGGAAUGAAAAAAUUAUUGCCUCCAAGGGCUUUACUGUGAUAAUUGCUGAUUCCAUCUCUUCUUCAGAGCAUAUGAGGAUGAACAUCAUCUUUAGGGUGAAAAGUUCUUUCUGCACAAUGACCAUUUGUGGGGUAUGAUGUUAACAAUUUUAGCAGUAUGUACUAUCAAAUUUUAUUGGCGAUAUCGAACGCUCGACGUUCUUAGUCAAGAUUGAAACAAAGCAGGAAUUGAAAACACAUAAAGUCUCACUUUGUGGGGAAAGAGGUGGAAAUCAAAUAUUCCAUGAAACAUUGGCGAUGUGAUGAACACCGAAAUAUAUUUCUGGCUCUGGUUUAUUUAAUCCCAUCCUAUCGUUCAUUUAGGGCUACAGUGCGAUUAAGGGUUGGUAAAGGUUACAAGAAGCGUUUCUAAACAUUUCAAUUGUGUGGGUUACAUAAUUUUACAGUAUUGUUAAAUAUUUUAUUAAUAGCCAUUUGAGCACGUUAUGCUGGCUUUAAGCGUACUUAAAUAUUUAUCAACAGUUUUCGGAGUUAACUGCAAAUUUUCCAAGCAUAUCAAGUACACUUGUCAAGUUGAUUGAUUUUUGUUUUUGAGCACUAGUGCAACAUAAUCGCACCAUUGAUUAAUGAAGAUUCAGCACCCUAGAUACAGUCUUGACCUCAGAAACAAAAUGACACCAACGCAAUUUCGAUUAAAACCUUAGCAUUUCUUCACGUUUCUAAACGGCAUUCGAUCAUCAGACUCUACAUUUCAAACCAUUUUCUGCGGUUCAGGAUUAACUGAGACCCACCAAAUUAGAGUAACUUUGAUAAAACAUAGAUGUGUUGAGCAAAUCAAGGGUAAUCUUCGCUUUAUUAGUAAUCUUCACAGAUUAUUGUUCAAGUUGUGAAUCAAACCUUCGGAAGAUGAUAUAGAGGAAUCAACACAUUUGGACAGGGAAGUUCACAUUUUCAAUAUGAAAUAAAGCGCAGAAUACGUGCUAUUUCAAAUCGGAUUUUAAAUCAUAUUAAGGACCUGAAAUAAACCGUUGCCGAUCUACUGAGAAGAACCUAACGCUGUACAUACAAGGUUCAUGCCUCACGACGAUUGUACAUAGAGCCUUCCCAAAAUUGUACAUAAGACUUUCGAAAGUCUGAAAAUUAAUAUUCUGAAACUCACAUAUCUCAUCGGUUCCAUGCGAAACGUUUGGCAUUUUUUCAAGGAAAUGCUCUAGUUCUGUGUAUUAUAGAUAGUGAUUCAAAGAAAAUGUUGCGAUCUGCGAUGUGACUUUCAAAAUUGACAUAAACGCUCUCGGUCUUAAGAGUGGAUUUUAUGAAGUAAUGGAAAUCUUCGAGUAGAUCUGCGGCAUGUCAGUAAACGAGUGGCCUAUUAGUGAAUUAUAUAAGUGGCUAAAUAUGAAUUGAGAAACCGAUUUAAAAGAAAUGCUUAAGGUUGAAUCUCGGAAUGUAACAAGUACAAAUUUAUUUUAUAUCUGGAUAUCAGAUACAUAAUUUAUAACGUGUUUAGCAUGAACUAGGUCCUACUUAUCUUAUUAAAUCUAUCAAGUUUUCUUAUUGUAUAUGAAUCGAGAUUGUGCGUUGGUUUUUACUGCCUCAAGACUUAAUUGUUACAUGCCUGUUUGGAAUUGUGAAUUAUCUCAGAAAAGCUUUAAUAUGAAUCUAUAUAGUAAUAAAUAGUGUUGUGAUUUACGAUACUAUUCCUAUCAAUUGGUGUUAAAAAAUUUGGUGUUAUAAUAGAAAAAUUAUUUUUUAAGCAAUGUUUUAAGUGAGCUUCCUAAGGGGCGAAUCUUUAGAAUGUAUAAGUUAUAGUGCCUUGUGUUUGCAUAUAAUAUUAACACAAUAUUUCUUACUCAUUAUGACUUAGUUUAAGCUAAAAAAUCUUGAUAAUAAUGGGAAUGGCCUUGUGACCCACGGCUAUUUAAGAUACUGACCAGAAAUUAAUGUGACAAUAGGUUUUAUAAAUGAGGCAAAACCUGCUAAGCAAAAAUCCCUUGGAAAUUGUUUAAUUUAAAAAACCCGAGCCUAAGAAGACUAGAAAUUAAUUUUAAACAAAGUCAACCCUGUUUUAAAUGUUGUGUUGGGAGCACUACUUUUGCAGUAGAUGUAAUGGAGAUUGAUCCACUAAUUAGUUACAAAAUCUCCUUAACUCCAGGAAUGGGGAAAAUAGUUUGCUGCUGUAAUGUAAGAUUAGUGAUUUACUUGCUGUGCAUCCUUCCGCCUAAUUGCGUUCAAUAUAAUUUGUUAUUUGCGUAUCCAAAGCUUUUUCACACAAGACUGCUGCCUUAUAUACAUAUAAAUAAACUAGGUAAGACUUUUCAACCAUAUAGUGGUAUUUUUUACUUGAUGUAUUCGAAAUAAUCGCAACUUGCAUUUGAAGUUGUAAAUUUAUUCAAAAUUCAGUAAUAAGUAGGCUUUAAACUGUUUGGUCUUGUUAAGAACUAUGCCUUUGGUGGUGUUAAAUUAACUAUAACUGCCGUGGUGUCUCUUUAGUAAUUUUACUCAAAAAUUGUAAUUUAUUAGAGUUGUGUACUGGGCAGGUGAAAAAUCAACGCAACACUCUCAUUGAUAUGCAAGCUUAGCUUUAACUUUCACAACUAUAUGUAUAUUGUUAGUAUUUAAAUAAAUAUAUACACAUUAUUAUUACAGAGUUCUUUUCGGCAAUGCGGUGAUUAAUAUUUAAUGCAAUAUACAUACAAAUAUAUAUAAACCUUAAUAUUUUCAAUUCGUUUUAAGCCUUCCGCGCUUUACAACUUGAAUAAAUGCAGGAUGCUUUAUUGAUAAAAUCUGUUGUAUUUAUCCUCUUUAAAGUCAUGUACGCAUCUUGUUAUAAUUAUUAAGAUUGAAAUAAGGUAACUUGUAUGGUAAGAAAUAAAUUGUUUUAAAAUA